UCGUCCGCCCCCAAUCUCCCAUCAUUCUAGAUCCACUUCAGAUCUAUUCUUGUUUACGUUCUUAUUCUUUAAAUGACCGCUCCUGUUCCCCAUACCCGUACACAAGUAUACCUGCAGGAUCAACAACGUUGAGCAAGGUUAGCACAGCCAACCGCGCAAUUACAUAUAGAUCGUCGCAUCUCCCACACGGAAUGGCCAAAGUCUCGACUCGACGAAGCAAAUCAACGGAAGCAAUCUUUACACCUACCAGUGUCACUUCUCAAACCAGCGUCGACCGCAAGAAGAGAGUAACCAUGCGCCGCACUACCUCUACAUCGGACAUUCCGACUCCUAUUACCUACACACCCACUACACAUCGAAUAAGCAAGGCGAAGAAGGGUAAACGGGUUCACGCAUGCGGAUUCCCUGGUUGCAACAAGGUUUUCACACGCGCAGAACACCGAAGACGUCACGAAUUGAACCACAACCCAGAAGCGUCAUUUCCAUGCAGAUAUGAAGGAUGCCGAAAGGCCUUCCAUCGCCCUGAUCUACUUGCGAGGCAUAUGGAGCGACAUGAGCUUGAUGCACAAUCUGGUGGUAAUGCGAGCCGGCAUUGGAAACAACCCAGUCAAUCAUCAGUCGUCUCUGAUCCAUCGAGCGUGGCGGAUACCAUACCUGCGUGUGCGACUCCAGAUUCUCUUCCUGUGGUGAGCUCUGGUUCAAUGUCAAUUGGUUCUAUUGUGGCGCCCGGAGUGCACCCUGAUCUUGCAAGCGAUUAUUCGUUGCCCUGGAGUGGGAUGGAGAUCCCCAUGGACCCUCGAGCUACACCAUUCCCGAACCACAUUCGAGAAUCCGCAGGAGACAGCCCAUUCUACUCUUCGCCCGAUACCUGUGGCUCUCCCUUAUCAGACGUGCCAUCAUUUCACCUUUCGCAGCCAAGGAGUGUUUCUUCUGCUCCGACUUCUGUGAUCUUCAACCCGGAGCUGGUGCAAUCGCCCCUGCAGAUCGAUGACGGCUGUGACUGGGACCCAAUUGACUCUGCCAAUAUCGUACCAUUCUCCCUGGAGGGUGAUAUGCUUCAACCAGUAGACUUUUCAAUGCCAGUACCCCUCUCCAACUUGGAUGGGGUUGAGUGGUUUGCCCUACGACGAGAGCUUACUUCCGCCCCCGGAGUCGUUUCAGGGGAUGAUGGGAUGGAAAUCAUGGACACUAUGAAAUGGCAAGACUGUUUCGAGAGUUACUGGCGGCAUUUUCAUCCUUUAUUCCCCAUCGUGCAUCGACCGACCUUUUUCGCAACAAAACCCAGUCCUUUACUAGCAGGAGCUAUGGUUGCCAUAGGCUCUCAAUAUGACAACCGACACAAUGCUAAGGAAUACUCACUUGCCUUGCUCGAGGCGUGUCUAAAGCUUUUGUCAAAGAGGACUCCAAUAACAAGCCGGUCCCGAAUCACCGAUAUUCAAACGGUCUUUUUACUGGAAUACCUGUCGAAGUUUAGAUCCCGGAGAGCGGACGUCCAACUAUCCCACCGUUUCCGGAGUCUGUAUGGUAGCUACAUGCAUGAUCGCCACUGGAUCUCUCAGAAUCCAUUCGCUGUUUUGAACACACUCCCAGAAAAUCCAAGUCAAGAAGCACUUACGAAGGCGUAUAAGUUUUGGGUUGAACAUGAAGCUCGGCGGAGGGUGUUGCAAGCUGCGUUCAUUUUCGAUGCACAGCAGUCUGCACUAUUUGGUCAGCCACGGGUCUUAUUGCAGCAGUCUGCUGUGAGUUCGCGCCUUAGGAAGUCGAGUGUUGGAACCACGGACUUGCCGUUCCCCUGCGAUUCAAAUCUGUGGGAGACUUGGCAUCUGGAAGAUUGGUUUCGAACGGCUAGGUCGCACAGAUCAUUGUCAUUGCCUUCUAUGGCCAUGGCUUCAGGUCUACAUGGACAACCCAGCUCGCGUCAUCUGGAUACUUUCCAGUGCACUCUCCUUCUCGUGCAUAACCUGACCAGUCAGAGAUCAGAGAACUACGAGGCAUGGCUUGUCCCGAGUGAGGGAUACGACCAAUAUGCACCUUCAAGCGCGCCCUCUCAGCCGUGCAGUCUUUUCACGUAUCAUGCGCUCAGUGCUGCCCGCCAUACGCCUUUGCAUGCCUUGUUGACUGUUAGCGGGGAGUCGUGGCUCUUUAACCGAAAGGUACCUCAUGAAGAAGACUUUCGGAAGGCCAAAGACACAUUACGGCGAUGGGCGUCCGACACAGAAGACAUUAGGAAAGCCGUCUGGCAUGCAGUUCGGGUUUUGGAAUGCGCCGUGUACAAUGCGUAUCCGAAUGCCUUGCUUCGCGACAACGCCCGAACUACAGCGAACCAAGGACACAGAGCAACAGGGAGCAGGAUCCCCAGAUCAUCGCCAGCUCUGAGUGCUCCCCUAAUCCCGUUACUCGCAGGCGAAGAGGCGGGGACCUCAUCUGCUGCUCGACCAGGCCCACUAGCUAUGCUCCACGCGAACUGGGCUCUUUACAUUUCGGCGCUCAUCUGCUGGGCUUACGGGUUUGAUCCUUCCACAUCUACAAUCUCCGCUUCCUACCCUUCGAAUAUGCUCUCUCGGUCACAAACAGCGAUUGCCGCAUCUGCACGUUCGUAUAUCUCGACAAUGAUCUCACUGGCGCCUACAUGGCAACAACUCUCACACAAUCGGAUUCCUGUGACGGUCCGUUGCAAUACACUUUCCUUACUUGGAUUCAUCCGCACUACCCGACUUCAAGAAGGCCGCAUGGGCGGCCUGCUCAAUGAAGGCGAAAGAGUCCUAGCUCGACUUACAGAGACAAGAGCAACCGUCAACGCCGAGGGCAGAAGCAUGUGGGAAUACCAACCGGUAUCUUUCUAGUUGACUGGAGUUUUGAACAAUUUCGUGAUUCGUUUUAUUUUCUUCGAUUUCCUUCCCUUUGAGUUCAGCGUUUCAUUUCACAGCAUUUAGAUCUGGGUCC